AUGUCGGCUCUUAAUGAUGAUGAUAUACGACGCACUUUUGGUAUGGUCUCGCGAGUCUGCGAUGCUCCUAUUUUGGAUGAUCCAUCUCUUCACGGAGAUUCUUCUGCUGUAAAACCAAGUUUCCAAUAUGCGAUUGGCUCUUUGGUAUCUCGCUUAUCAUAUGCGGUUUCUUCGGAUUAUCAAAGAAAACUUCUCAACUUGGGAAAAGAAAAUACCAAACCUAAAGCUGAAAAUUCUACCAAUGUUGAAUUACUUCGCAAGGCUCGAGAAAGAAAUGAUGAAAUUAUUGAUAUUUAUAACCUUUCCGAUGAGGCAUCUAAUUUUUCUGACGAGGAAACCGUUUUAGAACAUCUUAAUUCUUCUUUAAACAAUUAUCCAACCAAAGGAUUUGAGAAUCUCAGCCUGGAAGAAUUAAGGUUGAAGUAUACUGCUCUUAGAAUGGAUCAUAGACCCUUACUAACUACACUUAAUAACUUCAAACGCCGUUUUCAUGAAAAUAAGGAGACAAUUCAACUUUUGGAAGAAAAGAAGAAUACACUUAUUACUGAAAAAGAUGAGGUCGCUCUCAAGGGUGCGAAAGCAUUAGAAAAAUUCCAAGAAACUAUCCUUAAAGUUCAAAAUGAAUGUGAUUUAGCCUUGAGCGAAAAUCUCGCACUCAUUGAGGAAAGAAACUUAAUCCGUUCUCGAGUUCUCAUAGAAAGUGAAACUGAAUUUAGUUGGGCUGCUAGAGUUCUGAAUGAUGCUAGGGAAAAUUUAGUCGUAAAUGUGAGCCUUCAAUCUGAACAUUCUGCGCUGGUUAAAGACAUUAUUUCCAAUCAUGAAGAUAAAGAAAAGAAUUAUCUAGAGAAGAUUGAAGAGUUAAAGACACAGCUUGCUGCUAGAGAAAAGACACGUCUUGAAGAAACCGAGAAGUUAUCAGUUAUCCGCUCGCAACUCCAAGAUGUCAUUCGUGCUCGUGAUGCUGCAGUUAAGAAAGUCUGUGUUGACAAUGGCAUUCCUCUCUCUAAAUAUAAAUUCGCAGACGUUCCUCCCAACGAUGUUGUUCCUGAUAUUAUUGAUAGUGAAGAGGAAUAUGAAGAGUAUGAAGAGUAUGAAGAAGAAGGAAAUAAUUCUGAGGACGAACGUAAUGAUGAAGAUAAUUAA